CAUGGGAGGGCAACAUUUAGGGGCCAGGUUUAGGGUGUAGGGUUUAGGGCUUGACCCCCCUCAUGCAAAUGCCCGGUUACCUUGGUUUCACCAUUCUGUAUUUUAUUCGACUUCCAAAAUUGUCGUAUCCCUCCACUUGAUGCAUGCAGAGGACUGAAGAAAAGGAAAUCCUAGGGAAAAAAAUAGUUCCCCGAAGGCAGAACCGAAAACCCUUGCUCAGUGGAUCAAGACAGUGCAUAAAUUAAGGUGGGAAAGGCAGAUUGAAUGUGAAAUCCGCCUGGCACACCACAAACACCUUUGAAACCUGAAACAGGCCAUAGCAUCAGAAGAGGAUGUCACAACAAUGAACCGCUUCGAAUGGUUGAAGAAAGAGCCGGAAGUCAAUGAAUUCUACGCAGCGCAGUACGCAUGGAAGGCCAUACCAGCUAAUAAUGACAUUACGAUACACAAGGCGGGAUACACCAAGCAGUUCGUAUGGCCCAAAACGUACCAGCCACAAGGCUUGAAAAGGCCGGAACAAAAACGCAGGGCGCAGCAAGAAGCGGCGGACAAGUCCAACAGCGGGGAUCAGGAAACAGUUGAUGCAACCAACGGAAGGGAAGAGGAUGAGCAGAUGGAGGAGGAGAAGAGACAGGUGGCGAUUCUGGAAGCACAGAUCAAUGUCCUCAAGGAUCAGAACAGGGAGCUGGAGGCGGACACUAUAAACCUGCAGAAGAUUGCUUCCUCGUCGCACACGGACAUAAACGCUGCGGCAAAGCUCUACGCGAGACACAACCCGGGCAAGAGAGUCAUCCUUCCCUAUCGCUGGAACAGUGGUAAUUCUGAUUGGGAAGUGGCUAUUCAAAAGUCGCUUGCAUUACUUACAGUAAAGGAAACCCAUUGUUCUCAGGAGGUGCUCAAGGAGUUGAUCUCUGAGGACCUGCCCAUGAAGGCACAGAUAUUGGGGGACCUCACGCAUGACCGGGAGGAAUGGGACGACAAGGCUGGAAGUGGGUCAAUGGUUGGCUACAAGCCUAUUAUGAUCAGAUUACAGGAGAAGGAUAGGCUGGCGGAGGAUUUGGUCUGGAUGCCGUGGCAGGUGGUGGAGACAGUACCGUAUGGCCUAUUGGGUGGACCGGAGGCAGCUGAGUGGGUUGCGAGGGGGGCAGCAAUAGUCACCAAGACAGAAGCCUUCUCGUGGUUACAAGAAUACAUCAGCAACAAGAUCGCACUGCUGUCAACGGCGAUAGAUUGGUCCCAAACAGGUUCUUGAGGAGGUGCUUCUACAGGGGGAGGCAACAAGGAACAUGACCAAUGGAGGAUGGUUUGAGUGAAGGGAUAGCUAAGAGAAGGACUGUUGUCAAUGUCAAUGUAGGAUGAAGCGAACCAGAAAUUUCAAUCAUGUCAUGGAAUAUUAACGGGAUGGUACAGAUCUUGGAAAAUAAAGAUAAAUGGGACAACGUACUAAAGGAUUCAGAUUGGUUUGGAAGGAGUCCACCAGAUUUUCUAUGUAUACAGGAAACUCAUCUCACAGAUACUCCGGAACACCAACGCAUCCAGCAGCGCAUCCUACAAUAGCUAAGGUGGGUUAAAGCUAGCUUUUGGGCUACAGCAGGUAGAGCGCACUCAGCAGGAGUAGUAAUACUACAAAACAAAAGGUCGGUGGCGGCAAACAAAAUAGUUAGGAGAUG